UUGUUUUUGUUUUUCCCCUUUCAUGCAUGCAGGGGCUCGCUGUGGUGGGCGCCCGGUGGUGAGAGAAGCGCAGAGGGAGCUGCGCAGCCCGCGGCAUGGCAGCGACACGCCAAGCGGGACAGGCGGGCGUGGGGAGAGGCGGAAGGCAGAAGGCAGAAGGCAAUGCGUGAAUGGCGUGCGGCCCGAAAAUGGAAGAAAAAAGAAGCUUGUGUCUGGGUGGGGCUCACUGAGCGGCGCGGUGGCCGCAAGGUGGCGGAAGCCGCUGCCCUUCCCGCGGGAACUGUGCCGCCACUCUCCCCUCGUUUGUCGCGGCUGGGGCAAAUGUGCCGGCGGCUGAACGGCGCACGGAACGGCAGCGGCGUACGCCACGACGACUGA